AUGCCGCCUUCUCUCGAGAAGAUUGAUACUAGUGCCGUCUCCCACAGAAACCCUACCGCAAUGACUUUCCCAACCCCCAAAUUGACCGAGGAGGAAACUCAGGCUUACAAAGAUGUCUUUGCACUAUUCGUGAGCACGAUCACAGCGCACGAGCUCGGUGAGAUCAUGCGCUCUCUUGGCCAGAACCCAUCAGAUUCCGAAUUGCAAGACAUGAUCAAUGAAGUCGAUGUUGAUCAUUCUGGUAGCAUCGACUUCGAAGAAUUCCUCAAGAUGAUGUCCACGACAGUCAAAGCUCAGGACUUUGCCCACGAGACACGCGCAGCAUUUAACGUCUUUGACAAGGACGGCAGCGGCACCAUUUCUGCCGAAGAGCUGCGACAAGUCAUGAAAUCCCUCGGCGAGAAUCUCACAGACGAGGAAAUCGAUGAAAUGAUCCGUGAGGCUGACAAGGACAAGAGUGGCACGAUAGAUUGGAAAGAUGCUAAAAACGUUCCUCCUCCAGACGAGGAAUUUGUCCAGCUUCUCUCCCCCAAGCCAUAA